AUGAAUGAUAUUAAACAAAAUCUUCGUCAACAUAAUUUUCCGCUUUGUUCUAGGGAAGCUUUAUCAAUUAUUGGUCAAUUAACAGUUAAUCACAAUGCUGGAAGGACAGUAACAUCUAAAUAUUUAGAAUUGACUAGUGAAAUUAUUUCAGAAUUUAUAUUUUGUGAAGGAUUUUCAGAUGGAAAGCAAAAUUCAUCAAAUAACAGAGUAUUGUUAAAAAAAUUAACAUGCAUACAAGAAUUACAAUUACUUGAAGUGUUAUGUGACUAUUUUUCAUAUCCAGGAGGAAGUGAUGCAGUUCAUAAUACAGUAUUUAUGAAUCUUUUUCCCGACUCACACAGAGAAAGAUCAAGAUUAUUAGUGAAGUUAGUUUCAAUUUCUAUUUCGACACAGUCAAAACAAGUUUUAUCUGCUGCUGGAAUUUGGAUGCAGCAAUUGGGCUGUACAUCCAGCUACAGUUUAGAAUUGGCAAAAGGCCUAGUUAAUGAUUAUUUUGUGUUGGUACCUAAAGCAGUAGAAAGAUUACAGGAUUUACCUAAAAUAGCUCCUCAGUUUACAUCUAAUUUUAUAACUGCUGUUGCUGAACUUUAUUCAGUUACAGAUGACAAAGAAAAUUUACCUCCGGAUUCACUUCUAGAAGUCGUAACCGAUUGGAUAUCUAAAAAUACAAAAUUAUGCACUACAUCUCUUUAUUUUCCAGAACCGGCUCUUCCUCAAGGAGGAAUACCCAUGCCUCCCAUAACACCCUUUGCUGGUCUUUUCAAGUGGUGUGUUCUAGCUCCAUUGUUUUUUCCUAAUUGUUCUAAAUUAUAUUCAAAACUUCAUUUAGCUUUGUUGGAAAGCUUAUUAGAUACAAAUUUUCCAAUUGAAAAUGUCAUUUGUGCACAACAUUUAGCUUCAAUUGUGAAACCAAUUUUGAAAUUGUCGGAAGGAAAAAAUCAAAGUUUAAUACAAUUAUCGUUAGAUCGAUUAGCUCAAGCAAUACAAGUAAUAAUGACUGCUAAAUGUAUUUAUGGAAAAAAAGAAGAAUUAUUCAAGUUAUUAGAUACGCUGCCAGAAAACAGAUUAUUGCUUCUUGUCAUAAGUAAACAUCGAACAUUAUAA